GAGAAAGUUACUUCAAUGCCUGAAGGGUCUUAACAUUCUCUGAAAUGCUGAGAAGGAAACUUCGUCACUGCCAUAUCCUACGCUUCAAGUUUCUCGUGGUGUUAGUUUUUACAGCAGGGGCUUUGUCCCUUAUCAAAAUUCACCAGAAACCAAAUUAUCUGCAUCAUGAGAAUCUGGAUCUUGUAGUUGAAUACCCCAACAGUAAUGUAAACUGUACCAAGAUAUUGCAAGGUGAUCCAGAGGAAAUUCAGAAAGUAAAGCUGGAGUUGUUAACUGUGUCUUUUAGGAAGAGCCCUAAACUAACAACAAAUGAUUAUAUUAACAUGACAACUAAUUGUGCCUCUUUUAUAAAGAGACGGAAAUAUAUUAUGGAACCCCUGAGCAAAGAAGAAGCGGAAUUUCCACUUGCAUACUCAAUAGUGGUUUAUCACAGAAUUAAUAUGCUUGACAGACUUCUGAGAUCUAUAUAUGCUCCCCAAAACUAUUACUGCAUCCAUGUAGAUAAGAAGUCCCCAGAAUCAUUCUUGGCUGCAGUGAAGGGGAUUGCUUCAUGUUUUGACAAUGUCUUCAUUGCUAGCCAGCUUGAGAGUGUAGUGUAUGCUUCAUGGAGCAGAGUGCAAGCAGACCUCAACUGCAUGAAAGAUCUCUACAGGAGGAGUACAAGCUGGAAGUAUUUGAUCAACCUUUGUGGUAUGGAUUUUCCAAUCAAGACCAACCAGGAAAUAGUAGAGAAGCUAAAAGCUCUCAAGGGUGAAAACAGUUUGGAAACAGAGAAGAUGCCUUCAUACAAGGAGAUACGGUGGAAGAAGCAUUAUGAAAUUGUUGAUGGUAAAGUGAAGAAUAUGGGAAUAGACAAACAACACCCACCUAUCAGUACACCUAUUUUCUCGGGCAGUGCCUACUUCGUUGUAAGUAGGAGGUUUGUCGGAUAUGUAUUAGAAAACAGCAAAAUCCUUGCUUUUAUAGAAUGGGCUAAAGACACUUACAGUCCUGAUGAGUACUUGUGGGCUACUAUUCAACGAAUCCCUGAAGUGCCAGGUGCUGUUUCCGCUAGUGACAAAUAUGAUGUCUCUGAUAUGAAUGCUCUUGCCAGAUUUGUCAAGUGGCAUUACUUUGAGGGGGAUGUGUCCAAGGGUGCCCCUUAUCCACCCUGUAAUGGGAUUCACGUACGUUCUGUGUGUGUCUUUGGAGUUGGAGACUUGAACUGGAUAUUGCGAAAACACCACUUUUUUGCCAACAAGUUUGACACUGACUUUGAUCCCUUUGCAGUCCAGUGCUUGGAAGAGCAUUUAAGAGACAAAGCUCCGUAUCAACGCAGACAUUAAAAUGUUAGGUUCUUC